ACUCGUCAGCAGGGCGUGGCUUGAAGGGGAAGUUGUCUUUUUUGCCUCGUAAGAUUGUUGCUAUUUGUAGCUAGCUAACAGUAGAUUACAUUAAUACAAUAACGGUGUUUAUAUUUUGGAUUCAUUGUAACAUUUAAAGUCAUCUGUAGUUUACUUGCUACACUUGCGUUAUUUUGUCAGAAUGACGAUGGUGCAGCUCGUAAUCACCGCCUAAGCUAGCUAGCUAACUGGUGAUAGCUAACGAACAACAAAUGUCAGGACACGCUUCCCAGCUGGCACGAGAGGAAUAUUGAUUUUGUUCUUGAUAUUUUCGACAACAAGGGUAAUAUUCUCACAUAUUAACAAUUUAUAACAUUGAAAGAGUUUCCAAUACCUUUCAGAGUUUAUUUCUGUGAUCAAAGCUGUUCCCAGUGGUCUAACUACACGAAUGAAAACUCAUCUUAGUUUUGGGAAUGAUCAAAAAGUUUAUCCAGAACUCAGAUUGGAAGGCGUGGGCUUACUUGAGAGAUCUUGUUGUAAUAAAUAUAUACGACAAAUUCUUCAUUCACAAAACCAACUUACACCGAGAGGAAAGUUUUUCUGUAACAUGCUUAUUCCUGACAUUGUCUGGAAAAAAUGCAUUGUUAAGGCCUUACAAAUAUUGUAUGCCAAACAAAGUUAAGGAAGUGCACUUCAAAAUUUUACAUAAGAUAUAUCCAUGUAAUUCUAUGAUGUCCCAAUCUGUGGCUAUUGGUGAUAUCAGCGUUUUCUGUGAAAAAGGUUUUGAAACCAUGGACCAAAAGAUCCCGUAUGAUGACUACCAACUCCCAGUUGUCUUUUUGCCUUCCUACGAGAGUCCCCCAGCAUGGAUAGCCCCGCAGGAGCGUAUCCACCAUCCUGACUACAACAAUGAGCUGACCCAGUUCCUGCCACGCACCAUUGUGUUGAAGAAACCUCCGGGGGCACAGUUAGGCUUCAACAUCCGUGGGGGCAAGGCCUCUCAGCUGGGCAUCUUCAUCUCCAAGGUGGUCCCAGAUUCGGACGCCCACAGAGCAGAGCUCCAGGAGGGAGAUCAGGUGCUGUCUGUCAAUGAAGUGGACUUCCAGGACAUAGAGCACUCGAGGGCUGUUGAGAUUCUGAAGACUGCCAGAGAGAUUCUGAUGAGGGUACGCUUCUUUCCCUACAACUACCAGAGACAGAAGGAAAGGACUGUGCAUUAGGUGGCAGACGAGUUCCCCGGGAGAGAGUGUGUGAGUGAGUGUCCGUCUUGUAGGAGUUGAUGUCCUUGGUGGAUAGACCUGCACUUCACUAGUGUCCUCCUCCCACAGAUUACAGCCCCUGUCCUCCGUUUCAACCUAAGGAUGAACGACCGCAUGACUAACUGGAUCCAUUCACAUUUACACCCCAGGACCACAUAAAGACAUUGCAUUCCCCCUCCACAUACUAAACGAUGCACACUGCUUCAGAUGCUGAAAGGAUGUUGUUAUAUCAGGUGUUCACUCACUUGCACAGUGAGUCAUGCCCUGAAGACACAACAUAGAGUAAUGUAUAUUAUUUGCAUACCAUAAUGCUCCAGGUCCCUGAAAGACAGGGUCCUGAAAAAGGGACGUUUCUGUUUUUGCUGAGUUUAUAGACAUACACACGCUUUGGAAAGUAUUCAGACCCCUUGACUUUUUCCACAUUUUACGUUAGCCUUAUUCUAAAAUUACAUUGUUUAAAAAAAAUUGUUGCAUUUAUUUUUGUUCAGUGUAUUUGUAUACAUUUAUACACAGUUUAAUGAUAUUCCAAAAAACAUAAUGGACCGAGGCCCUGAUAAUGCCUUGAUACUGUGAAAGAUUAAGUUAAUUUAAUAUGAAAUGUUUCGAUUAUCUAAGAUAACAUUUUUCCAGACUAGCUAUUACAAACUGUAGAACUAUUAUUAACUAACUUAAAUUAUAUUUGACAUAACAUGUCGACUAUUAAGGUGCCAACAUCAUUCAACUAUGGCGACACCAUAAUCUCAUAUAAAUUAAUACUUGCCUUGUAUGAAGCUUAAUACAUUAAACAAAAUCACAUUGUGUCCUGUGCUGUAGUUUAUGAUCCAUCACUUAUAAAAUGUCAGCACAGAAUGAGUUCCAAAUCUGUUUUUACAUGUUAAAAUAGAUUAGAUGGUGUAAAUAAAUCACUCGUCCAUUAAAUGACCCUAAAGAUGGAGUCAGGAUAGUAGAACUUGUUUUCACUCUGUCAACUCUAUCUUCUGUCCUGUGACCCACUUCACAGAUCAUGCUCUUGUAAAACACUAAAUAAAACACGUCUAAACUCAA